GUUAUUAUUAUUAUUGGGAGAAAAUAGUGAUGUCGUCAUGUCACGCAGCGGAUUCUUUUGCGCAUGCGUACAACUAAAAAAGACUGGGGUUUUUUUCCGGGUUGCAAACAAGAAGACACAAGAACAGUAAACGUUGAUCCAGGGAGGUUUGAUCAAUCAACUGGGAGUGAGCAUUUUACCCUGUUACACACUGACUGUGGACAUGAAAGGGCAACAUAAAAGUUCUGAACCUGAUGUCAAUGUUCCAGUCAUUGAAGAAGGGGCAGUUGCCACUGCAGAGGAUCCAUCAGCAAUCACAACUAUUCAGUCUGCUUCUACAUUCUCCUCAGAGCAGCCGAUUAAAUACCUCUUCAAGACAGAGGGAGCUGGGGGGCAGGUAGGGGAGCUGUACCCUCCCACAGGGCAGGUCACAUAUCGAGUAAUCCAGGUUUCAGAUGGACAGCUGGAAGCUCACACGGAUGGUGCAACAGCCGUUAGUGUAGUGACUGGAUUUCCUACUGCAACACAACCUGUUACACAGACUGUAUUCUCGCACUCAGAGAGCUUAGAGGGAGACGGCACAGAAACCCAUUACACAUAUUACCCUGCCACAAUCUCAGAUGCUACAACAGGCACUAUGGUGACCGGUGUUCAGGCCUCAGAUGCUCUGCUUAGUCAAAAUGCUCCUGCAGGUCAGUUGUAUGUUAUGAUGUCCCCACAGGAGGUCCUUACUGGAGCCAACCAGAGGUCUAUUGCACCUCGCACACAACCUUACAAUGCUAAAUCAGAGGGUCCAAGAACUUCAAGAGAUGAGAAAAGACGAGCUCAGCACAACGAAGUUGAACGAAGACGCAGAGACAAAAUUAACAACUGGAUUGUUCAGCUUUCAAAAACGAUUCCAGACUGUACCAUGGACUCCACUAAAGCAGGACAGAGUAAGGGUGGGAUCCUAUCAAAGGCCUGUGAUUACAUUCAGGAGCUGCGACAAAGUAACAGCCGGUUAGGAGAUGAACUGAAUAACAUUGAGAGGUUAAGAAUGGAUAACCAGCUGUUACGACAAGAGGUGGAAGACUGGAAAUCUAAGAAUCAAAUUUUGCGGAACCAGCUACGGCAGCAUGGCAUAGUUGCAGCAGCAAGUACCGAUUCCCAGUGAAGAAUUCUAAGGCUGUUAGAACCAACUAAUGAUAUCUAGAAGAAAAGCAGACAGUGUUGGAUACGUUUUCUGUGGUUGUUUUUAGAGGCCAUCAAAAUGAGCUUAAACAAUGGAUAAUGCAGGACUUUGUAUCCAACAAAAUAUAGUGAUGAUUCUUCACCAGGAUCUUGCCUUAUGUACAUAUUAUAUUUUUCUUUCUUGUUUUUUUUUAUUUUUUUUUUAAACAUUAUUGUAACUUAGCAUUUGUUUUUAUGUACCAGAAAAGCAUGACGAAAUCUGUUCAUUUUGUACAUUAACUUCUAAUCCUUGUGGAAGUAUUUCAUGUUAAUUCUAAUCUUUAUGUUAUGAAUGCAUUUUCACUUUACAUACUUUUUCAGAAGAUUUGUCAAUUUCAUUUGUCCAAAUAAUGAGCAUUUCAAGUAACUGCCUUUUAAAUGACAAUGCCCAACAUGAUAAUAUAGUAUCAUAGUAGAUUUUACUAUGAAGAGUACUAAAAUAAAUAGACAGUGAAAUUAAUAUCCCCACUCCACUUUUCUUCACCCUGUUCUUAUAGAUUCAGGUCUGAAAGUGUUUUGAAAAUCUACAAGUGUUGUUGACUGGAAUUGGAGAUAAUCUUUUGUUUAUACUAAACAUUUCUUUACUGGAAAGGUUCAGACUGUAAUAUUGUUCACGACACGCUGAAAAGCAGGGAGACAUGGCGCAACGGUCAAAGACGUCCAUCUAGCGCUGUGGUGUAGUCCUGACAAAAAAAAAAAAGUUGUUUACUAUUACCUAGUCCCCUGAAGCCAACAACCCCCACCCAUGCAAAAAAUGACAAGAGAAGUUGAUGUGUUUAUGUUUUUUGUGACCUAUUAUUACUUUGGAUGUUUUUAUUAAAUCAAAGCAGUGCACAUAACAAAUGUGAGAAAACCAAACAGAAAAAUAGAAGGAAACUUUACUUAAAUAAUAUAAAAUGAGCCAUUAAUUGCAGAAGUCUCUAAAAAGGAUAAAAGUUUAAGGCUCUACAGCAGUUCAGAGUCUCUUUUGCACCCUUCAGUGCUUCAAGGUACUGAUAAAUUUCAAACUGUACAAAAUUUGGAAUCUUUGACAAAGGGUUUGUCAGAAAAAUAAAAAAUGUUGUCUUCUAAA